GGAGGGGGCUGCUGAAAACCUCUUACACGUGUUAACACGCUCGCCCCCCACAGCUCUGGGGGGUGUUCAGGUCCUCUUUCUACACUUGGGGAAACUGAGGCCCAGAGACGGGCCCCGGAGGUCACCCAGCUGGGAAGGGGCGGCCCUGUGGGCUCCGGGUCCGUCCUGUCUCCCGCUGUGCCCUGGGGAAGCAGGCUGGGGGGACACUGCCGAGCGGCGGGACCGGGAGGCUCGGCAGGGACAAGGCCUGAGCCCCGGGACCCCGACAGUUGGGCUGGGCAGAGGCUCCCAAAGUCCACCCUGACCCUGCACCCCAAACCCUCCCCAGAUCUCCCCUUGGGAGGGAAAGCCGCCCUGGAAGAGCCCCCACGAACUGGUGUCUCUGAGGCUCGGGGCCACCACCAGCCCAACCUCUCGGUUUCUCCUCGGAAAUAAGCCCCUUUUUAAAAUUGAGGUGAAAUUCACAUAACAUAAAAUUAGCCAUCUUGAAGUGUACCAUUCAGUGAUUUUUAGUGCAUUCACAGAAUUAUGCAACCAUCACCUCUGUCUAGUUCCAGAACAUUCCAUCACCCCAAGAAGAUACCCCGUCCCCAUUAGCAGUCACCCUCAUCCCCUCCCCAGCCCCUGACACCCACGAACCCACUUUCUGUCUGUGGAUGGGCCUGUUCUGGACAUUUCACAUCAGUGGACUCACACACCGUGUGUCCUUCUGUGUCUGGUUCUCUCACUGAGCAUCGUGUGUUCAGGGUCCGUCCACGGUGUGGCUGUGUCAGGGCCUCACUCCUCUUCACGGCUGCGUCAUACUCCAGUGUGUGGGUGGACAUGCUCGUCCGUGGAUGUGUGUCCACAUUCUGGCUCCCGUGGGUCGGUACCCCUGUGGACUUGCGUGUACAAGUGUCCAUUUGCGUCCCUACUGAGAAAUGUGAUGACUCCGUGACCGACUGUUUGAGGAGCCGCUGGCCUGUCGUCCACCCCCCAGCAGCGCCCAAGCCCUCUGAUUUCUCCACAUCCUCCAGGACGCUCAUCAUUUUCUGCAUUUUCCGUUCUCUCCGUCCCCGUGGGUGUUUGGUGGCAUCCCCCUGUGGCUUUGAUUGGUGUUUCCCUAAUGACCGAUAAUCGUGAGCAUCUGUUCGUGGCUUGUUGGCCACUCGUGUGUCCUCUUCCAAGAAGCGUCUGUUCGAGUUCUGCGCCCGUUUUUUAUUGGGUUGUUGGUCGUUUUGUUGUUAAUUUGUGAGAGUUUUUCACAUGUUCUAGACACCCAAUCUCGUUUUGCUCUCCCCUUGGCCCCAGCUCUCACCCGGGUCCUGGGUACCUCAAACCUCUGAAGACCCUGCAGACCCCCGUGGGCAGUGGCGGGGCCCCCGGCGCUCAGGCUGGGGAAACCGAGGCCCAAGCUGGCGUUGUGAGCAGCCUUCACAAUUCUGCUAACGUGUCAGGCGUCCGCUGCGUCCCGGCCGUGUGCUGGGUCUGGCCGACACUUCAUUCACAUCACCAUCCCACGCACCUGGAGGUGUGGCCCAUUUCCCAGAGGGGAAACUGAGUCACGGAGCGGGGCAGUGGAGGAGUCCAGCCAGGCCCCGGGAACAGUUGGCGGUGGAGGUCUUUGGCAACUUCCCGUUUUCCCGCCGGGAGGGGCUGCCCCGGGCUCCGUGGGGGUUGCUGCCAACGGCCGGGGCCCCGGGUAUAAAGGCGGCCGCCCUCCCCAACCACCCCAGCCUCCCCGGUCAUGUCGGCGCUCAGAUUUCUGGCCCUGCUGGCCGUCCUGCUGGCGACCGCCAGGGCAGGCUCGGCCGCCCGCGCGGACAUCGUGGGCGGCAGGAAGGCCCGGAGGCAGCAGUUCCCAUUCCUCGUCUCCCUCCAGAACCAGGGGCGCCACGUCUGCGGGGGCGCCCUGGUUCACCCCCUCUUCGUGCUCACAGUCGCCAGCUGCUUCCAAAGCCGGAACCCCGGGAUUGUCACCGUGGUGCUGGGGGCCUACGACCUGAGGAGGCAGGAGAGCUCCAGGCAGAGGUUUUCCGUCAGGAGCAUCAGCGAGAACGGCUAUGACCCCCAGGAGAAUCUGAAUGACCUGCUGCUGCUGCAGCUGGACCGCGAGGCCAAUCUCACCAGCGACGUGGCGCUGGUACCGCUGCCCCCACAGAACGCCACGGUGGAACCCGGCACCAGCUGCCAGGUGGCGGGCUGGGGGUCCCGACGGCGCGGGGGGCGUCUCUCCCGCUUCCCAAGGGUCGUCAACGUCACCGUGACACCCCCGGACCAGUGUCGCCCCAACAACAUUUGCACCCGCGUCUUCACCCGCCGGGGCGGCGUCUGCGAGGGUGACGGGGGCACCCCCCUUGUCUGUAACGGCCUGGCACAUGGCGUGGCCUCCUUCACCCUGGGGCCCUGCGGCCGGGGCCCCGACUUCUUCACCCGCGUGGCGCUCUUCCGGGACUGGAUCGAUUCUGUUCUGAACACCCCGUCACAGGAGCACUGGCCUGAGGGGCCCCCCACCGAGCCCAUGGGGGGCCUGUGACCUCCCAUGCUCCGUGUCCUGUGGCUCUUCGUGCGCCCCUGUCCCCCUGGGCCUGAACCCCACCCCACCCCGGCCCUCGUGGUCAUGACUCUAAUAAAGAAGCCAUUCCCGUUCUCCUCGCGCCCGACUUCUGCUUUAUGUGGCCACGGUGGGGUGGGAGUCAGUAAACAUCAACGGCGUUGGUGGCCUCCACCCGGGUGGCCUCCGCUCGCUGAAUCCACUGAGA